UUCCUACCCGGCUCUUAUCCCGGAAGUCCGCAGAACAGAAGUCCGGAAGUUCGAGGGGCUGUUCUCUCCCAUUAAUUCUCGUACACGUCCCUCGGUGCGGGCAUCGGUGCGUGUCCUGCAGCUCUUCGGGUUCCAACCCGCCGUGCCCUGUGCGGGUCAUCGCUUGAGGAUCUGGAUCGGGCGCCAGGCACUCCGGGCAAACCGGGCGUGCGCACUCCUCCCGCGGAGCCAGCGGAACGGGCCGCUAGUGGAGCUUGUUGGUAACUGAAGCCAGAGGGAGACUUCAGCUGCGUUUUUCCACGCCUGGUCGGCUGUGCAGUGGAGCCCAGGUUCCAGGGAUGUAUAUGCAGGUGGAGACACGCACCAGCACCCACCUUCAUCUGAAGAGGGCUCCAGGCAUCCGGUCUUGGUCCCUGCUGGUCGGAAUAUUAUCCACUGGCUUGGCUGCCGCCUAUUACAGUGGAGAUAGUCUGGGCUGGAAGCUCUUCUAUGUCACAGGCUGCCUAUUCGUGGCUGUACAGAACCUGGAGGACUGGGAGGAGGCCAUUUUCAACAAGAACACUGGAAAGGUCAUCUUAAAAACAUUCAGCCUCUACAAGAAGCUGCUGACUCUUCUCAGAGCAGGCCACGAUCAAGUGGUCGUCCUGUUGAAAGACAUCCAGGAUGUGAAUGUGGAGGAGGAAAAGGUCCGUUACUUUGGGAAGGGCUACAUGGUGGUACUCCGGUUUGCUACAGGCUUCUCCCAUCCCCUCACCCAGAGUGCAAUCAUGGGCCGACGCAGUGAUGUGGAAGCCAUUGCCAAACUCAUCACUAGCUUUUUGGAGCUGCACCGCCUGGAGAGCCCCUCAGAACGGUCACAAAGCAGCGACAGUGAACCUGAUGGCCCUGGUGGCCAGAGUUGACAGUGCGGAAUGGCUGCUGGUAAAUGUCACCCACUCUGACGUGUCUCCAACGGACUUGCCAAUUGUAAGGGUACAAGCGGAUCUUGGGCACUGCCUGUGGCUCCUUGGGCAGUUCUACACCGGACCAGCUGCCUUUUGCUUGUUUAUGCUUCUACACUUUGCAGAACCAUGGGCUAGGCCUCUUCCUCAACCUGGAAAGGUUGCAUCUAUCAGGGUGCAGGGAUGGAUGCUACAUCUAGGGGAGAGCAAGGUCUCAGAGACUGGUACCUUGCCCAGAGUUAUACUGCAGCUCUGGGUUGGGCAGCACGGCCUGGUCUGGGUAAGCUCACCCAAGGGCAACCUGAAGCAUAAGACGCCAAGCUUUCUUCAGCACAGGCCACGUGCCUGCCCUCAGGACGCCUUGCCACUUCAGGCUAUUGCAGGCAGGACUCCACGUCAUAGUGAGAAUGAGACACCCACACGCACACUCCUGUGCACAGUGACGUCUACUCUCCUUGACUGUUAUCAGGAUGGAUACUCUCAGUGGCUUCCCUGAAGGCAACUCUGGAGGCUGGCUGCCUGGCCACAGAACUCAGAGAAACCAUAGGGCUGCUGACUACCCUGGCCCUUCUUGGACACUUGUCUGAGACCCCAGUAGUGUUGGAGCACAGCCGUCAGGAAUGGAAGGCUCUCCCAACCCAACCUGGGUUUAAGAAGCUGCUGGGGAGGAAAGGUCACCUGUUGGCAUCAUGUAGCUCCUAAGACCUGGGAGCUCCUUCACAGAAACUGAGUCAGCCUUUCAAGCCUAGAAAAGACCCGAAGAAAAUAGGCAUGUGGACACACAGCCCUAUAAUUCCCAGUGUUGAGAAGUGAGGCAGGGAGAAUGUUCAAAGCCAGCCUGGGCCAUGGCAUCUUCUAAUAAAAGUUGGUACCAACCACUAAUGGUUCUUUUCUGCUCUUCUAGUUUCCUUCUGAGUGGACUCAAGACCCUCAAAAGUCCACUGUCUACUGAGUUCCCAGCUUGGCCUCUAGGCCUAAGCUGGGGGUCUCUGGUCUACACACAGCUCCUCAAAGCUGCAUACCCACACCUCGUCGGGUAGAACUGGGAAACCCCAGAGUUAUAUAAACAGAAAUUAAGACAGCCUGGAGGCCACUGUGCCACGGCUGAGCACAGUACUUAGGUCUUCUGAAGGGACGGCCACUAGUACUGACUGGGGAACAUGGCCCCUUGAAUAUGCCAAAGUGAGCUUUUUAAGUGGUUACAUUAGAGGUUUCUCUCCCCAGAUGAAACGUGAAACAUAGCUUGUUGGUGUUUUGGCUUGUUGCCUACACACUCUUAAGAUACUUUAGACAAGAAAGGGAGGAGUCUGUCUCUUGGGUGCUGUCAUAUCCCCUUCCAAUACUGCCCAGUGCCGAGACUCAUUCCUGGGUGAAGGCAUUAAUUCUCUGUGGUGGUAAAAAACUGAUUGAAGUUUUUGUUGGUGGGACUUCCACUUCUACUGGUCUUUUUAUUUCAGAGGUAAUAAAGCUCUACAUGCCAAUUGCA